UCUCACAGGUCCACGCUCAGAACAAUGAGACUGGUCAUCCUUCUGUGCCAGCUUGGCCUCAUUCUGAGGACUGAGGCCCAGAUACCAGAGGUUUGUGUUCUUAGCAAUACAAACAGACCUCCAGAAAACUCGGACAUAACUGUGAUCUGCGGCACUGAAUAUAUGGACCUGAGCAUCUUCCUUUGUCCAGUGUACCAAGCUCUUUACAAUGAGUCUCUGAUGGUCCUCAAUAAUCAGUUAAACACACCAGAGUGCUUUGGGACUGCUGACUGGAGCGCAAAUCCACCACUAUUAAAAUUUAGAUUCCCCUUGAAUGAAAGUGCCAUCUCAUCCUGCCAAAAUAACUUUAAGACAAUCAGUCAGGUUGGGACUGGACAGUUCUCUGACUUCUCAGAUGUUCAGUAUGUCAACAUCUCUGGCACCAUUACCUCUAUCGACCCUGCUGCGGGCACAAUCACCUAUCGCCCACAGGUCCUGUACAAGUUCUCCUGCUACUACCCGAUGCAGUAUAUCCUGAACAACACUCAUCUGGCCGUAUCAGGUGUGAGUCUUGCCAUAAAAGACAACAACGGUAGCUUCAUCAGCACACUGAGUAUUGAGCUCUAUGAAGAUAGCGCUUACCAAAACAUACUGAAUAUACCAGGAACGGGACUCAACCUGAAGACCAAGAUUUAUGUUGCAGUUAAAGCCACCAAUCUAACAGAGAGGUUCAACGUGCUGCUGGUCAGAUGCUAUGCAACAACAAGUCCAUAUCCCACAAUCAGCACUUAUUAUGACCUCUUUGUGGGGUGUCAACGUGAUGCACAGACUAAGGUGGAUCUCAAUGGGGAGUCUCAGGUGGCACAUUUCUCUUUUGAGGCCUUCAGAUUUGUGGAGCAUAAAAAUCAGACAGUGUCCACUUUCUACCUGCACUGUGUCACCAGGCUCUGUGAGGUGUCCUCGUGCAGCAGCUUAAAGCCUGAUUGUUCAAUAAAUCAAAAGAGGAGAAAGAGAGAGAUCCAGGAAUCAGACCCAACUGACCCUGCCAACGUGACAGUCACCUCGGCUGCCAUUACCGUGGGACAGAGCAGUGGAGAGGCUCAAACUUUCUCGGCUCCUCAUGGUACAUCGUCCGAGAGCGGCUAUAGCGGCCCUGUGGUGGCUGUAAUUGUCUGCAUCGUCAUCCUAGCUAUUAUCCUCGUUGCCAUGGCUGUUUACUUCAUGUUAUAUAUCAGACAGAGAAAACCAAUCAUUCAGUAA